AUUCUUCUAAUGAAAAGCAGAAGGUUAGAAUGGAGAAUGGAUUAAAAGAGGGACUUAAUUCCCUGUUUUCAAUGAGUCAUAGGGAUUAGAUUUGUCCAGCCAAACACAAACCCAGCAAAAUAUUUGCUGAGUAGAAGGGAGAACAAGCUGUAGGUAUUGGAAGUUCUGACUGAAUCCACAGGCUUCUGUCAUUUUAUGUUAAUGAGAGGGAUAUUUCUGCAUUUUUAUUGCUUCUUGACUAAAACAUUAAGUUUUUAUGACCGAAAUUAAGUCAAAAUUAGAUCUUUGGCCUUCAUAGUCUUAUAGAUCUGUUGAUAGUGUUAAUGCACACAAGAAUUUAAAGUCAUGUCUUUUAACUUGCUUUUUCUCUCAGUCUCGAUUAUGUACGUCACAAAAUUGUGGGGAUUUUAAUGCAUGGAUUAAUCUUUUAUUUAAUUUGAUAAGUUUAGUGGUUAUGACCUCACUGGAAAAUUUUCUUGCUGGUCAGGAGUUUGAAUCUGCCAGGACCUUUUUCUAUGAUUAUAACAUUUGAAUACAUGUUUAUUUUUUUUUAUUCCAAAAAUUUCCUCUAAAACGAAAAAUAAUUUGUCAUUGACUGGUACAGACACUAACUUGUUUAAAAUUUAAACUUUUGAAAAACAGUUUGAUGAGCCAUAUUUGAUUGACAGAGAUGUUAUUCUGGCACUUUUCCAUAUUUUUUUUUUUUGUAAGGGUGGGGUGUACAACAUUAAGCAUAUACAGUAGUGCUAUUGUUGACAUUGAAAACAUGUCAUUAUGCAGAUGCUCUCUCAUCAAUUCACAAGAAUCGUGUAGUGUACUGCCGUUCAUUAUAUGAAGGGAAAAAAAUCAAUGGCAUGACGGUUUAUAUGGAAAGUGAUGUGCAUGAAAGAAAGGAAUUCAAAGGUUUUAUAUUUUGUUUAUAUAGAAUUUGUACAAAUGAUGUCCUUUUAAGCAAUAUGCCAAUAAAUAGGACUGCAUAUGUAUUGUUAAACUUUUUAAAUAAGUUUUUUAAUGUGUGUGUGUGUGUUUGUGUGCCAUAUGUUGAGUAACAAAAGAUUAAAUAUCUCAGUUUGUAGAGUUUGAAUGGAAACUAAUUACUGAAACGCAUUCAACUAAUUUUUGAAUUUAAAUGGAUUAUGCAUAUAUGUAUUUGCAUUUUGAAAAGAAUUUUUGAAGUGUGUGGGUGAAGAGUUAUCAAAACUGCAAUAGAUUGCUUUGAAAAUGUGAUAAACAAUAUUCAAAAAAAAAAAAAGAACCCUCUCUGAAGAUUGCUUCAAACAAACUAUUUUCUUGUGUACAAACUUUUAUAGUUGACAUAUUCAAUCAAGUAGGUUGUUUGCUUCUGACAUAUUUAAAUAUCUCUAAAGUUGGAGCUUUUGUGAAAGAUUGGAAAUAAAUGACCUUUAAUAAGAGGUUAGGCCGGUAAUUGUAUGUAUGUGGACCGGCAUUGUUCGGGACUUGGACCCCAUCCAGAUCUCUCUUCCUGCAGUGCAAAUAUUGGCGAGGUCUAUUUCCUCUGUACAUGUUGGAAAUAUUAUUACAUUAGUGUUGGAAGAAGCUCUUUUGGGAAAUAAUGAUGAUGACUCAACAGUGAAACCUAUACAACAGGACAUUUCAAACUGUGUGAUUGUGGCCAAAUUCAAGACCUAUAAGUAUGAAUUAUGGAGGACCAUGUUCCAGCUGCCAUCUUUAGUGUGGUAGAGUUCCGCGGUUACCUGUCCUGACGCCUAGAUCCACAAUGACUUGGUUUGUUCCCAAGUGUGUCUGUGAUAAUCACUGAUUUUUUCAUACUUUUUCCUCUCGGAGCGAUGUCGUCAUUUGUGGCCCGUGAAUUGUUCCCCAAGCCAGUGGAAGGGGGGUCAGUUCUGGCCAUGGACAUCCUGGCCAAGAAGUUCCGUGAGCAGUCUCUGGAGGAAUCGGCCAAUCAAAAUGCAUCUCAAAUUAAAUUUAUCCGUCCAGGAGAUGGUUUUAAAUUAAGUCGCAAUGCUGAGGCCAAGUUGGCAGGGGCAGACAAAAAAGUGUACACACUGCAGUUGAACCCUGAUGAAACCAACAAAGUCCUAGGCGGAUUUCCUCAGGGGGACUACCCAGAUAAUCUCAGGGAGCAGUCAUUAUGUGACAAGAAUUUCAACAGUCAGGUGGACCCCCCAUCCAAGAGGCACUGUCGCUCCCUGUCUGUCCCCCCAGACAAAAUGUGUCCCCAGAGGUGGCAGCCUCAGGAAACGCGAGUUUGGCGGCCAAUAGCUGUGAUAUCUAAUGAAAAAGAACUGUCGUCCUCGAAUCCCAGUCACAUAAACUCUUCAGAGUCACAACACACAGACAAUGCACAUUGUCAACAGACUUCAAACUUUAUUAGUAUAGUUCCCCGAAAUUUUCAUUAUGAGCCUGGAGGAUGUAGCAGUCACGGGUUUCACAUACCACCGGAUAUAUUCACGCCACCCGAAUCACCAGUGCCACGCCCAUCGUCCGCCUCGACCUGCUCUGGUCGACAGGAUGCUUCAUCAUACCAAAAAUUUCAUGCUUUCGAUAACCGUAGUCUUUCAUAUGAGGACCAAAUCUCAUCUAGUUCGUCGGCGGGCUCCACGCCCAGUGUUCCUCUGUUUAUUGGGUCAGUUCAGUCCUCACCCCACCGACACAGAAUACCUCGGUGUCGGUCACAGCCGUCCGUUCUUCACGACAGGAAAUACGGGGUCAAACGACGAAGGGACCAUGAUCAAAGACCGUCCCUGAAUUUCUUAAAGAUGACAGAGAAGCGGGUAUCACGUUUUCAUGAAGAAUUGGAGUCGGUCAUGAGUCUCAUGCCGAUAGCCAGCUCUCCCCUGGACAAUGAUGUUCCACUGAGUCGAGCCAUGGAGUCCACGACGAGUCCCAUCUCUGAGAUGGAGCAGGGACGAACCAGCAGCGUCGAGUUUUUGGACCGCGACCCCAAUGACCUCGAAGAAGAGGAAGAUGGACCAGUCAAGCUUCUCGGAGACCAUGGGGAGGUGGAAGAAAUAUUUCCGCUUCAAGAAGACUUGGAUUUAGAACAAAUUGAGACAAACUAAAGUUUUUGGUUGUUUUUGAAUUUUUUUUUUCAACUAAACACUCUCACGCUUUUCAAUUUUGAAAUCAGAAAUUGUUCAGUACAUUUUUUUCUCUUGUUAUAUACUGCAUGUACAAAUAUGAAGAGAGUUUUUUUCUUUCAAUUUUACAAACAGAGGAGAACAAAAAUUACACUUUUUUUGUGCGUACAAAGCCUUUCCGUCCAGAAAAUGUUUUGACUAUUGGUCCUAUCACUGUAACAUUGCAGUUUCCAUUAACCAAGUAUUUCAUAGUAGUCUUUUUCGUUAUUUGAAUUUUUGACAUGAAGUAUUUCAUGUGUAAAUGUAGUUCAUUUGAUUGAUAUUAAUAUAAGAGAGUAAAAGGAUUUUUGUAUAAUUACUUAUACCUCAGCAGAGUCAUUAAAAGUGACAUGCUGUAUUAUAGUUUUAAGGAAUUCCCAAUGACAUUGAAGUAGGGUCCACUGCUAAGAAAAUAUGGAUUUUUUGCUUGAUAAGUUUAGUGGGUUUUUUUUUUUUAAGUAUAAACUGGCAAUGAGCUUAAUACAAUGUAAACAUUGUAAUGUAAUAUUACCAUAUUGGUAGGAAGCUGUAGAAGCUAUAAAAACAAGGUGACCCUCCAUGAAGAAUUUUAUCAUAUAGACCAUUGGGAAUUCAACAGUUUCUUAACAAAUAAUCUUAAACGUUGAAUACGGGUAUAGAUGUAUUUUAAAAAAAAAAAUCUUGGAACAUUACAUUCAUGCAAAGACUUAAAAGAUAAUACACUGCAUAUUUUUUUAUAAGGAUCAAAUAUAUAAAUGCACAAACCAUACAGAUUGUGAUGUCAUGAUAUUGUGAUGUCAUAGAAAUAGGAUAUCAUUAAAAAAUUUAUUGUGAUGUCACCCAGCAUAAGACUCAUUAAAUCAUGAAAGAGGAUUAAAUACAUUCCAGUCAUUAAUACCCCACCUCUUUUUUCACUGUGGACUACUUAAAACAUUUACAUUUGGAAACAUAGAGCUUGAAUUAAGUAAUACGUACGGUAUUCAUCAUUGUAUAAAAAAAUACAGGCCAGUUUGAAUUCAUAAGCAGCAUUGCUGAAUAAUGUUUUAAAAUUCCUCAAAAAAUUGAUUUUUUUUUAAAGGAGAAACUACAUGUAGGGUUUAGCAAAGCAGGUAUUGAAAAAAAGUGUAUUAUUUGUGCACGAUCAAUUGUCUCAAAUUUAUCAUGUUCUGAAAAUGUCAUGUGUCCCAUUGCUUAUUUAUAUCAAUAUCUUCUUUCUUGUGUGUUUUGAUUAUAUAAUAUGACAUUCAAUGUCAAAAUUUAAAUCCUUUUAAUAUUCUUUUUUUUUUACUUACUUUUACCAGCUGAUGGAAUUGUGGAAAUCCAUAUAAAAUAUUUAUUAUAAUUAUACUUUUGGUGCAAUGACACAAUGCAACAAUAUGUUCUCUUAACAAUCGGGCUUGCAACAUUUUCGUAAUUUAUUCAAAAGCCCACAGAUCUAAAUAGAAAAUCUUUAUGAAUGUUUAAUUGAAUACCAGUUUAUCAAAAUGCAUUCUGUUUUAUGUGAUAACCAUAAAAUGCUGUAUGGUAGACUAAAUUUACCUGUAGUAGCUUUGUUUAUUGCAUCAGACAACUCCUCCAACAACUCAUUGUAGAUUUAAUGGUAGUUGUAAAAUUUGAAUAUUUUAUCUCUAGAUUUAUUGUGGUUAUAAACUGUGGUUAUAAACUGUUUAACUGAAUGGCAUAUCACCAUUAUGAAUAUCGUAAUUGUCAUUAUUUUAUUUGAAUAUCUCUGAUUAUUUCACAAAAUGGCAAAUAUUUGUUUUCAUAUCAACAUACAGUGCUCGUGUUAGUGACUGAGGAAAAUGACGAUUCAGACAAUCUUAGAUACUGUAAACCAACUUUUAUUUGUGACCGAGAAAUUUUCAUGAGGUUCGCGAGAGCCUGGUUAUCGCGAAUUCAUAUUUCUUGCUGCAGAUCAGUUCUCAAAUGUGUCUGCUAUAUAUAUUAUUUUCAAGACAAUCUAAAUCUUGAAUCACGAAAAAACAUUUUAUCUCCUGCAAAUCGCGAAAUAAAGUUGUCGCAAAAAAGUUGGUUUACAGUAAGCGUCUGUAGUGUGUGAAAUGUCUUUUUACAUUUUUAUUCAAAUGUUCUGUCUCAGUUAAAGCUACAAAACUUGUCCGUGUCUUACUAAGUCUUUCCUGUAAACUUUGAAAAAAUAAAGAUAAUGAAAGGGGGAUGUUAUAAAGAAAUGUCAUAAUAAUAUAUAGCAAAUAAAAGUGAUGUAAUUUUAUAUUUGCUGAAAUAACUCCAUUCAUAAUUGUAAUUUGUCCAAAAAUAAAUUAAAAUUAAGUGUGUAAAAAAAUCUGAGGCAGAUUAUUGAUUCUUUGAAUUAUAGAUACAUUCAACCAAAGUGGUAUUAAAUUCAUUUGCCUUGGGGAUGUUUGUUUUUUCAAAUGCAUACACAGAAAUUUAUUUUUCAUUGUGGGUAAAUACAGAACAAAGCAGGGUGUUGAUUGACUGAUGUGGUCGUAGAGAUGCUGAUGUACCGUAGGGUUACAUAAUUACGUGUUGUAAUUAAUUAGUUAUUGAUUCAAAUCAUGGCAUUGUUGAAAUUAUGUGGUUAAUAAAUGAAAAUUGUUCCUAG